AUGUACAUAAUUUUACCAGAGCAACGCAAUGGGCUUUGUGAACUUAUAGAAAAGGCGAGCUCUGAUCCUGCCUUUUUGGAUCAAUAUCUCCCAGUUGAUAGUAAGGUUCCAACAAGAGAUUUCAAGAUUCCAAAGUUCAAAAUUUUUUUUGAUUUUGAAGCAAAAAGAGUUCUAGAGAAAGCAGGUGUAGUUUUACCUUUUGAUGAAUCAAAGGCAGAGCUGACUAAGAUGCUGAAUAUUGAGAGGGGAAACGGGAUAAGUUAUGUGUCUGAGAUCUAUCACAAGUGUUUUGUUGAAAUUGAUGAAAAAGGAACUGAAGUUGCUGCUUCUAUUGCUUUUGUUAGGACGGUUAAUGGCAAGAGUCCUCCCCAUUCAGCUCCUGUCGAUUUUGUGGCAGAUCAUCCUUUCAUGUUCAUUAUUAGAGAGGAGGAAAGUGGUGCAGUGUUGUUGACGGGACAUGUCCUUAAUCCUUCAUUAAACUAG